AUGAUAGAUAUGAGUCUUCAGGAUCCUAUAUCAGGCAAGUACAAGUUCGACUUCGACAGCGACUCCAGUGAUGAGGCAUCUUCUAGCGGUUACGCCUUCAAUGAGGAACAGGCUUCCAAUGAGUGGGAUUACUUUGCCGAACGUCAAGCACGUCAUAAGAUGAUGCACGAAAGCGAUUCUGAAGAUGAAACGCAAUCUGGUGAACCUCUGGAUGUUCGUUGUAAAGACCUACCUCCUAAAUUUCGACCGCAAGGUAAUCAAGAAGAACUGUUUGGUACUCAGACCACUCACUCUGAAGUUUGGGCGUAUAUUCCUUCUAUUUGUAGUGACCUCAACUUCCUACAAGACAAUGUGGCAAGAAAUUUGACGUCAGAUCCGAGACACUGCAUUUAUACACUUCGGCGGAUUCAGCAGUACAUGGUUCCUUUAGUUCUUAAUGAGUUCACAUUUCUGGCAAUGGGUUCUAUGGGUGCAGGCAAAACAAGCGGGUAUUUACUCCCUUUAGUGAACAAGCUGGUGGAAUUGAAAGAGAUCGAGAUACGUGGACGAAAAGGACCAGCAGCUCUCAUUGUUACACACACGGAAAACAAGAUUAAGCAUAUAAGAGAACUUUACAACAGAUAUUCUCGAGGUACGUCACUCGUGAAAUAUUUCACAACUAGAGGAGAACUGGAUAAAUCGUCAUACCACUCAAACUUAGUUGCUGAUCUUAUUUGUGCGUCCGCGCCAGUUAUGGUUGACGCUAUUCAUAAACAUCAUGUUAGUUCACUGCCGCUAAAAUGGGUCAAAUUCCUGGUGAUUGAGGAGUUUCACUUAUGCACAACAGAUUCCGAAUUCAUGGAAAGUUUGAUUGCGCUCAAGAAGCUUCUGUCAGCAAACGGAGCCAGUGUAAGUUUUCUUCAUCCGUGUGAAUGUCAUUCCGUGAACGAGAUCAUUAUCCCUGCAACCUAG